AGCGCGGGCGGCGGGCCGGGCCGGGGCAGCGCGGCGGCGGCGGCGGGAAGCGCUCAGGGCCCCAUGGCCUCCUCCUCCAGCAUCGACAUCGAGGACGCCACGCAGCACCUGCGGGACAUCCUCAAGCUGGACCGGCCGGCAGGCUCUGUGAAUGAGAACCAGAGACCAUCCAAUUCCUAUAAUGGAGACCUGAAUGGGCUGCUGGUGCCUGAGCCCAUCGUGGCUGCAGAUGGACCCUCCUUGGCAAAGCCAGUGCAUCGCAGCAUUUCCUUGGGAGCCCUGCAGGAGAAGCAAGUCAUCUGCCUUUCAGGGGAUGACAGCUCCACUUGCAUAGUGAUAUCAGCAAAAGAUGUGGAGAUAGUGGCCAGCAGUGAUUCCAGCAUCACCAGUAAGGCCAGAGGGAGUAACAAGGUGAAAAUACAGCCUGUUGCUAGAUAUGACUGGGAGCAGAAAUACUAUUAUGGCAAUCUGAUAGCUGUUUCAAACUCUUACCUGGCCUAUGCCAUUAGAGCUGCCAGCAACGGCUCUGCCAUGGUGAGGGUGCUGAGCAUCAGCACCGCAGAGCGGACGCUGCUGAAGGGCUUCACGGGUGCUGUGGCAGACCUGGCAUUUGCUCAUCUCAACUCCAACCAGCUGGCAUGCCUGGAUGAGGCUGGCAACCUUUUUGUGUGGCGCCUGGCCAUGGAGAAAGAAAAAAUCCAAGAGGAGAUCUUGGUUAACAUCAAGAGACCUGACAACACCCCACUGAACACCUCUCGAAGAAUCAUCUGGUGUCCUUUCAUCCCAGAUGAUAAUGAGGAGAGUGGUGAAGAGGGAAGUCAGACCUUGGCCUUGUUGCACGAGGACAGGGCAGAGGUGUGGGAUUUGGACAUUAUCAGAUCAAACAACAGCUCCUGGCCAGUGGAAGUGCCAAGCAUCAAAGAGGGCUUCAUCGUGGUGAAAGGCCACAGCACGUGCCUGAGUGAAGGAGCACUUUCUCCAGAUGGAACUGUGUUGGCCACAGCCAGCCACGAUGGCUUUGUCAAGUUCUGGCAGAUCUAUAUUGAGGGGCAAGAUGAGCCAAGGUGUCUUCAUGAGUGGAAACCCCACGAUGGUAGACCUCUUUCCUGCCUGCUCUUCUGUGACAACCAUAAAAAACAAGACCCAGAGGUUCCCUUCUGGAGAUUUCUCAUCACAGGAGCAGAUCAGAACAGAGAGCUGAAGAUGUGGUGCACUGUAUCCUGGACCUGUCUGCAGACUGUCCGCUUUUCUCCUGACAUCUUCAGCUCCAUGAGUAUUCUUCCCAGCCUGAAAGUCUGCCUGGACCUCUCUGCUGAAUAUCUGAUACUGAGCGACGUGCAGAGAAAAGUCUUGUAUGUGAUGGAGCUGAUGCAGAACCAAGAGGAGGGCAAAGCUUACUUCAGCUCCAUCUCAGAGUUCCUCCUCACCCACCCAGUGCUGAGCUUUGGCAUCCAGGCCGUGAGCCGCUGCCGGCUCAGGCACACUGAAGUGCUCCCAGCAGAAGAGGAGAAUGACAACUUGAGUGUAGAAGGUGCUCAGGGAGCUGGAGCUGUGGAGUCAGCAGCAGGCGUGCUGAUCAAACUCUUCUGUGUGCACACCAAGGCCCUACAGGACGUGCAGAUCAGAUUCCAGCCUCUUCACAGCCCAGAUGUGAGCACAUCCAUGCCUCCCCAUGGCUCUCAUGAAGAGUUUGCCUUUCCAGACCACAUGGCUGAUCUAGGCACAGAAGGGCUGGGAUCUGAAAAGGGCUCAGUGCAUGGCUCCCAGCCAGACCUGCGGCGUAUCGCUGACCUGCCCGUACCAGCAGACUUCCUUUCUCUCUCAAACGAUGCCAAACCUAAGCUGAUGACUCCAGAUGCAUUCAUGACACCAAGUACAUCCCUUCAACAGAUUGCUGUGUCUCCAGGCAGCAGUGUCAGUUCCCUGACUGCAGUCACAGCCAUGAGUAGCACUUCUGUCACUGAUGCCUCUAUGCCCAGGCCAGCAGAAGACUUGACUGUGAGCCCCAAGAUGCAGCUGGACACCAGCCUCACACUGAGCAGCAGUAGCAGCAGUCUCCAGACUAGUCCUAGGAGCCAUUCAGUCCUCAUCCCAGGCCUCCCUGACAAGCUGACACCAAAGGCACCUGUUCCAGUCACACCAGGAAACUCCUCCCUAGCCCUAGAACUUCAGGAGGUGGAACCUUUAGUGGUGCCCCAGGCUUCUCCCACCCGUGAGCGCUCUCCUGAUGUCAUCUCCUCAGCCUCCACCGCCCUGUCCCAGGACAUCCCCGAGAUCGCCUCGGAGACGCUGCAGCGCGGCUUCGCCCCCGCCCCGGCCGCUCUGCCCACCGAGGGGCUGGAGCCCCCUCACCACACAGACAGCAUGGCAUCUGCUGCCUCAGCCCUGCACCUCCUGUCUCCCAGGAACAGACACAACUCAGAGCAUGGCCACCACUCUUUGGACAUGCCUCCAGUGGAGGUGGACAGACUGAACGCCCCGUCCUUGCUGGAGACAGCUUUAACUCAGGAAAGCGCAGCCUCUGACGGCGUGGUGGGGCAGCCGUGGCCAGCAGCUCCUGACAUCACCAGGGAGACCAGGAACAGCAUGGCAGACAGCCCAAGGGAUGAGGUUGAAGAAAAGCACAAGAGCUCUUCCUACCAUCGCCACAGCUACCACCUGCUGCAGCAUGACAGCCAGGAUGCCAGUGCAGAACAAAGUGACCACGAUGAUGAAGUUGCGAGCUUGGCUUCCACGUCGGCUGGAUUCGGUGCCAAAGCGGCCACACAGAGGCUGCCUGUGAAGGAUUGGAAAGCCAAAGCAUCCCCCAGGGCUUCCCCAAAGCUAAAGAGGAAGGGCAAGAAAGAUGAUGGGGACAUGAACCAGUCACCAAGAUCAUCUAACAACCAGGUGACAGCAGAGUUCCAGGAUGAGCUGAUGUGCAUGUUGAGGAGCCAACAGCGGGAGCUGUCGGAGCUGAGGCAGAACCAGGUGGAGCUGCUGCAGAGGCUCACAGAUCACCUGGAUGCCAUCCAGAGCUCCCUCAUGGGCCAUGUGGAGAGGGUGAUUGACUCCCAGCAGGAGCAGGAACAGAGGAGACUGGACCGGGCACUGACGGAGGGGCAGCAGCGCAACGGGCAGCUCCAGGAGCAUCUGUCCCAGCAGCUCUCCCAGGCCCUUUCCACUGCAGUGUGUGCUCGACUGGAGAGGACAGUGAGGGAGGAGAUGAAGAAGACUGUGCCUCAAUGCAUCUCCAAGAGCAUGGACCCCAUGGCUGGCCAGCUCAGUAACACCAUUGCUGCCAAGCUCACGGCGGUGGAGGGGACGCUGAAGGAGAGUAUCACCAAGCUUGUGAAGUCAAAGAACCUCACAGACAGCAUCGUGAGGGCGACAGCAGACACCCUGCAGGGGCCCAUCCAGUCAGCCUACAGGGAAGCCUUUCAGAGUGUGGUGUUGCCAGCCUUUGAGAAGAGCUGCCAGUCCAUGUUCCAGCAAAUCAAUGACACCUUCAAGCAGGGCACACAGGAGUAUAUCCAGCAGCUUGAGACUCACUUGAAGAACAAGAAGGCACGAGAACAGGAGAUCCGGGACCCGCUGCUCAAUCAGCUUCGGCAGCUGCUCAGCACCUUCCAGAGCAGCACAGAGCAACUGGCUUCCACUGUGGCAGCCAGUGUCCAUGCUGAGGUGCAGCACCAGCUGCAUGUCAUCGUGGGCAACAUGCAGGAGUCUAUUCUGACCCAGGUGCAGAGAAUCAUUAAAGGGGAAGUGAGCAUGGCUAUGAAGGAGCAGCAAGCAGCCGUCACCUCCAGCAUCGUGCAGGCCAUGCGCUCGGCGGCUGGCACCCCCAUCCCCUCUGCCCACUUGGAUUUCCAGUCACAGCAAACACACAUCCUGCAGCUGCUCCAGCAAGGACACCUCAACCAAGCCUUCCAGCAGGCUCUAACAGCAGCUGAUCUCAACCUGGUACUGUACGUGUGUGAGACUGUGGAUACUCAGCAGGUGUUUGGGCAGCACCCCUGCCCCCUGUCCCAGCCUGUGCUGCUCUCUCUCAUCCAGCAGCUCUCCUCUGACCUGGGGACUCGGACAGAGCUGAAGCUGAAUUACCUGGAGGAAGCAGUGAUGCACCUGGACCACAGUGACCCCAUCACCCGAGACCACAUGGGGUCAGUCAUGAACCAGGUCCGGCAGAAGCUCUUCCAGUUCCUGCAGGUGGAGCCCCACAACACGCUGAGCAAACCUGCCCGGCGCCUCAUGAUCAUGCUCCAGGGCCUGGUCACCCCCAGCCUGACCUAGGACAGGACCCCCCUGCUCAGGGGCUGCUCCCUGGAAGCCCAGGCAGCAGCUCCACUAGUUACUAACCACAUAUGGCUUGUGUUAAGAGCUCUUGCCAGGAAAUCUCUCCACGUGUGUGUGAUGUCUCUCUGGCCAGUGCCAGCUGUGUAUAGUCCCCACAUAGUCACUGAACGCUCACUUGGCUUAUUUUUCCUAAACAGCCUCUUUUUUGAGGGAGUUUAAGUCUCUUCUUCACCUGCCCCUCCCUCCCUGAGCUCUGCCUGGCACCCCCUGGCCCCUGCAGCACAAGCUGCUGCGUUUAUUGCCCCUUUAGUUCAGGCUCUGCUGCUGGGAGCAGAGGAGGGAGCUGUGUGCUGAGUCCCCAGCACAGGAGCUGUCACCAGAGUUAACCACAAACUGGUUCCUUCCUCAAGGAUUCCUCCUGCUGCUGCCCUGGGCUGCAGGAGCAUGGGGGCAGGGGGGCUCUGGGGUGCCCUGAAAGAGGGAGGAUGGGGCUGUGGGAGCUGCCCCAGCCCCUGGGACUGUGCUUCAGGCCUCUGAGGCAGCUGUCCAGGGCUUUGGGGUGCAGUUCUCCAGGGUUCAGGGCUCUGGGGUGCAGCUGCCCAGGGUUCAGGGCUCUGAGGCAGCUGCCUAGGGCUUUGGGGUGCAGUUUUCCAGGGUUCAGGGCUCUGGGGUGCAGCUGCUUAAGGCUCAGGGCUCUGGGCUGUAGCUGCCCAGCGUUCAGGGCUGUGAGGUGCAGCUGCCCAGGGCUUUGGGAUGCAGUUUUCCAGGGCUCUGGGGUGCAGGUGCCCAAGGUUCAGGGCUCUGGGAUGCAGUUUUCCAGGGCUCAGGCCUCUGGGAUGCAGCUGCCCAGGGCUCAGAGCUCUGGGGGUGUAACUGCUUAAGGCUCAGCGCUCUGGGCUGUAGCUGCCCAGCAUUGAGGGCUCUGGGUGCAGGUGCCCAGGGUUCAGGGCUCUGAGGUGCAGCUGCCCAAGGCUUUGGGGUGCAGUUUUCCAGGGCUCAGGUCUCUGGGGUGCAGAUGUCCAGGGCUCUGAGGCUGUAACUGCUUAAGGCUCUGGGGUGCAGGUGCCCAGGGCUCAGGUCUCUGGGGGGAAGCUGCCCAGGGCUCAGAGCUCUGGGGGUGUAACUGCUCAGGGCUCUGGGGCUGUAACUGCCCAGCGUUCAGGGCUCUGGGGUGCAGGUGCCCAGGGCUCUGGGGUGCAGUUUUCCAGGGCUCAGGGGUGCAGAUGCCCAGGGUUCAGGGCUCUGAGGCAGCUGUCCAGGGCUUUGGGGUGCAGUUUUCCAGGGCUCAGGUCUCUGAGGUGCAGAUGCUCAGGCCUCUGGGGUGCAGCUGCCCAGGGUUCAGGUCUCUGGGGUGCAGAUGCUCAGGCCUCUGGGGUGCAGCUGCCCAGGGCUCAGGGCUCUGGGGUGCAGGUGCUCAGGCCUCUGGGGUGCAGCUGCCCAGGGCUCAGAGCUCUGGGAGUGUAACUGUUCGGGGCUCUGGGGUGUAACUGCCCAGCGUUCAGGGCUCUGGGGUGCAGGUGCCCAGGGCUCUGAGGCUGUAACUGCUUAAGGCUCUGGGGUGCAGCUGCCCAGGGCUCAGAGCUCUGGGAGUGUAACUGCUCAGGGCUCUGGGGUGUAACUGCCCAGCGUUCAGGGCUCUGGGGUGCAGGUGCCCAGGGCUCAGAGCUCUGGGGGUGUAACUGCUCAGGGCUCUGGGGUGUAACUGCCCAGCGUUCAGGGCUCUGGGGUGCAGGUGCCCAGGGCUUUGGGGUGCAGUUUUCCAGGGCUCAGGGGUGCAGCUGCCCAGGGCUCAGGCCUCUGAGGUGCAGUUUUCCAGGCCUCUGGGGUUAGUUUUACACCCAGCUUUUUCUUUUUAUCUAAAUGUUGGGUUUGUUUUGGUUUUUUUGAGAUAACCUUCAGAACAAUUCAAUAAACUUUUGGAGAAAAAACA